AUGCUCGGCAGAAGCGUCCAGGCCGCGCCCGCGCAGGCGGCGUCGCCCGGGUGGAUGCUCGUCGUCGACGACGCCGGCGCGUUGGACCCUCUCUCCAUGGGCCUCAUCCGCGCGGUGCUCGAGCACUGCUCCGUGCCGAUGGUCGUGCUCAUGUGCCACGACUCCGUGGUCAAAGAGGGACGUCACGGCACGUUCGACCCCGUGCUCGUCUCGAUGCACAGCAAGCGAGGCCGCGGAAAGGGUUCGGCUUUAUCUCCGAACCUGCCGACGAUCCACGACGACGACCGCGGCAGCGACCGCGGCAGCGACACCGCGAGCGUCACCGCGAGCGUCGAUUCUCUGACGUCGACUUCACUGACGCGGUCGUACUCGGAGCGCUCGUCGUCCAACCUGAAAGGCGGCUCCGGGAGGGAUAAAGACUUUCUGAACGUCAUCCUGAACCGCAAGAACGACGUGUGGGGCGUGAGCGCGCACGAGGCGACGGCGACGCACGCGACGGCGACGGCGGUGGCGAGCGCGAAGGCGGAUUUGGAGUGGAUGUUGUCUCGCCCCGGGACGUCACGCGUCGUCGUCGAGCCGUUCACGGAGAACGAGCUCCGAGUCCUCGUCGAGCGCCGAGCCGCGGUCAUCUUGACGAGAGAACGCGGCGGCGUUAGCGGCGGCGGGCGUGAUCGAGACGCCGGCGCGGGCGGCACGGACGCUCUCGCGAACGACUCGACCGCGACCGGCGGCGGCGGGAAAGACGCCGACGCCGACGACAGAGACGCGCUCUUCAACACGGCGGACUCGUCGAGCUCGUCCGACAAAGACAAGGACAAAGACGGCGCCGCGUACGUCGGCCUGCCCGCGUCGCUCCACGACGCCAUCUACUCCACGACGCGCGGCGACCCGCUGUACGCCGCGCGCGUGAUCGACCUCCUCAUCGCGUCGAGAGCGGUCGUCGCGACGGAGACGACUGACGCGCCGCUGCACGGCGGGCCCGCCGGGUGGAAAGUGGACGUCGCGGCGACGGACGCUGACGUCGUCGAUCGAUCGAGCGACACCGGACUGUCCGUCGACGCGGUGUGCGCGAUGUCGCUCUCGGACGUCGUGUUGGAGGUGAUCGAGCGGCGGCUGAGCCAAGACGCGCAGCUCGCGAUGCGAGCGCUCGCGGCGGCGGGGACGUCGUUUCCCGCGGCGCUCGCGUGCGUGAUCGUGCAGAGGCGGAUGUCCAUCGUCGCGCGCGACGUCGUCGAGUCUGAGUUUGAGUCGCGAUCGCAAUCGCAGUCUGACGCGACGAGAAGCGGCGGGCGCACGAUGACGCGCAUGGGCGUGGACGACGACGACGAGAAAGCGGGGGGCGCGGGCGGCGGCGGCGCGGGCGGCGGCGGCGGUGGAAAAUCGUCGUCGUUCGAUUCGUACGCGCCGACGGCGGCCAACGAGCACGGCGUCUUGCUCGCGUACGACGUCGUCUCCUUCGCGUCGCGCGCCGCGAAAGCAAUCGAGGAGCUCAUGGAGGAGGGGCACAUCGUCGCGCAGUGGGGGUCGCUGAGCGACGCGCUGGACGCCGCGAAGGUUGCGGAGAACGACGCGACGUUGGAGUUUGCCGCGGCGAACGUCCCGUUUCCGCUGAAGCAGCCGCGAUGCCUCGCCGCCGCGCCCGCGAGCGAUCCGAUGGGCGGUGAGGGCAACCGCGGCAGGGUCGCGAGGACGCCGCACAUGAGCUUCGCGAACGCGGUCACGCGCGAGAUUUUGUACGCGUCGAUGCCGCCGCGCGACAGACGAGAGAUUCACCUCGACGUCGUCGGGGUGUUGAAGUCGGACGCUGCACACGCGGAGGACAUCUUGGGCGAUCUCGCGGCUGCGGCGUGCCUCAACGACGAGGCCGCGUAUCACCUCGAGGUCGUGCAGAGGAUCGAUCGCGCCGCGCUCGAGAGCGCGGCGCACAGCGCGUCGUUUUUUCACCGAGGCAAGAGCGAAAAAGAGAAAACCGGCGGCGCCGGCGGCGCGUCCGAGCUCGGCGGCUCCGGUGGCGCGUCGCCGUCGCGGUCGCGACGUCCCAGCGUCGGCGGCGUCUCCGCGUCGUCCGGGAAUUCAGUGAGCUCGGACCUCUCGAGCUCCUCGCUCGACGCCGGCCUCUCGCCGUCGUCGUCGUCGAUGCGCAGCGGCUCGCUCGCGACCGUCGCGUUCAAGUCGUCGCGAGAGCUCUCUUCCCACAGAUCUCACGGCGCGGCGGGGGUCCCGCCGUUCCGGACGUUCGGCCAUGACCACGUCGCGGUGCGCGUCGCGGGUCUCAUCGCCGCCGCGAACGGGCUGCGCGCGCGCGUGCAGUGCCACGAGAACGCCGCGAAGGCGCACUUGCGGCACGGCGGCGCGCGCGCGGCGCUGACGAGCGUCAGCGCCGCGGGCGUCGCCGCCCACACCUGGGUCGAGAGCUCGCACGCGCUGCAGAAGGCGUUCGGGAAGACGCACCCGGAGGCGGUCGCCAGCGCGACGCUCGGGGUGAACGACACGCGGUGUU